GUCGCACCACAACACAACAGUGCACAGUUGACUACAGUACUGGUGAGUACUAGUAUGGCAAUAUAGUAUAGUUUUUUUUGUAUUGUGUAUGUGUAUAUACAUCAUUUUGUGAGAGUCGUGCAAGUAGCAUCAGUCAUGAUGCAAAAGACAGUAUAGUGCGCUGGCGCUUUUAUCGCAAAAUGAGGGUUCUUCGUCCGUAAAAAGAGAGCUGUUGGGGUGGUAAAAAGUUUUCGCGGUCUCGCGUGUCUCUUCUUUUUGGUGCUUGAAAAAUGUAAUAUGGCGAUGGUCACGACAAAUAUGAGUUGCCACAUUCAAAAACAACUAACCAGGAGUUUGGAGAGAAUCCUGGAGGAAGCACAUCUCAGUGGUGAAUUAAAAUUAAGCGGUCGCAAGCUAAAGGAUUUUCCGAAAAUUGGCAAAACCGGCGCUUCCAAAUAUGACCUCCAAGACACCGUCAUCGCAGAUCUCUCAAAAAAUCGGUUUUUGGAUAUACCGGAGGAAGUCACGGAUUUCCCUUUUCUUGAGAAGCUACACCUUUAUCACAAUGCCAUAAGAAUAAUACCAGAGACUGUUGUGAAACUCCAGUCAUUGAACUACCUCGACCUCAGCCGUAAUCAACUAACGACACUACCUAGGGAAAUUUGCAGAUUACCAUUGCAAAUUUUAUUGGUAGCUCAUAACCGAUUGAUUUCCCUGCCCGAGGAAUUGGGCAGGAUGCAAGGCUUGGCUGAAUUGGAUGCUGGAUGUAAUGAGAUCACGACACUGCCUUCUCGAAUAGGAGAUCUUUCUCGACUUAGGUAUCUGGACCUCAGGAGCAAUCUUCUGGUGCAGUUGCCUAUAGAACUCACGUACCUGAAACUGGUGAAGCUAGACAUUAGUUGCAACCGGAUAUCUGUGCUUCCGAACGAGGUGCGGAAGAUGAAAUGUCUCGUGGAGCUGAAUUUAUCAGACAACCCUUUAACUUCACCACCUGCCUCGUUGUGCAUUCGCGGGCGAAUACAUAUCUUUAAGUACCUGGAGAGACAGGCGGAGAAACACGAGAGAGCAAGAGGCGGUAGAUUAAGAAAAGGACCACUUGAAUCACGGGGUCAUGCAACUUUAGACACAAGGUCACAUAGACGACACAAUGUUGACAGUGGUUACAGUACAAGUGAUGGUCUUGAUAAGCGCUGGUCGCAAGAAAUUCAUAGUGCGGUUGAUGUCGAGAAUCGGGGAACGUGGCGACAAGAAUGUUCUCCUCUUUCUAUAACUCUUCCACACGAGGCAACUGUCAAUGGAAUCUGCAGUGGAAAUUCAACUCCCAGUACAAUAUCGCCUGGGGAAAAUGCUUCUCUAGAAGACGAAUUGGGCAAGGCGAUGAUUCUUCACAAUGAAUUAGAGAAACGAAGACUAGAAAGAAGUACCUCUGAAAAUGGAGCCGAUGGAAGGAGGCCAAUGAUAACAAACGUUCAUCAAAAUUCCAUCACGCCACCUGCUCACUUGGAGAGCACGAUAUUGAAUCAAACACAAUCAAUUGCGACGAUGCAACCCGUACAAUCAAUUCAAGCAACAAAUCACACUGUAUCGCACAUGAAUGGAGACGAGAAAAGGCCACUAAAUCACACACAAACGUAUAGAGAAUACAAAGAGGCUUUAAGGCAACAAAGAGCCAACGAAGGACCUAGCGUCUACAGGCCUAGAGAGCAAAUUACUCCGCCGGGUAAUGACACAAACAACGAAACCGACUCAACUGGUGAAACAACUUUGACUGGUAAACAAAUAUUCAACGAAGAAAAUGCCAACAAACGGCCAGUGCAAAAAGUUACACCAUCGCGAAUAAAUUAUCAAAGUACACCAAUUAUUAAUGGCAGCAACAACGAAUAUAAUAAAAAUGGAAAAAUGUCGGAGCAACCGUACAAAAAACCAAGUUCGCCGAUUAAGACUUCCUCCAGUAUACUUUCAAAUAGUUAUAGUAGUCCAGGACAUGUGCCAAGACAUACAAAGAAUGCUGUUGGAUACGUUGACGGUAACAACACACCAAAUUCAAACGGUGGAAGUCCAAAGUCGGCGAGAUCAGUCACCUGGAAUAGUGAUAUACCUGAAAAAUAUUCUUUUACAAUGCGAAGGGAAUUCGAGCGUGCCAAGGAGGAAGCUGAUUUAAUAGAUCAACUUAGAAAUCAUAUUGAAACGAGAUUAAAAAUGGCAUUACCGGAGGAUCUCGCCUCCGCUCUGACUGAUGGUGUUGUUCUUUGCCAUUUGGCAAAUCAUGUUCGUCCUCGAUCGGUUGCUAGUAUUCACGUUCCUUCUCCGGCAGUUCCUAAGCUCACCAUGGCGAGAUGUAGGAGGAAUGUGGACAAUUUCCUAGAGGCAUGCAGAAAGAUUGGAGUUGAUGAGGAGAUGUUAAUGGACGCGGAUGCAAUCAUGGACGUCGGUUACAUGGACGCGUACGGUCUGGAGGCUCUGGGCCGACUAGUUUCAGCUCUUCUUCUUCUUCAUGAAGAAGAAGGCAUCAAGAAACCAGCCACAGGUUCAUCCCCUAUGAUUCAGGACCGUGUCUUAUCCGCGACGCUUUUUGCUACGUUCUUAUCUGUCUUGGCUCUUCUCUAUAUUUUUCCUCUUCCUAACUAAAAGAAAGAAAAAAAAAUCUCUCUCAAAAAAAAGAGAAGGAAAAAAAAUAAGGGCUUGCAGAAAUAUUGAUAGAGCUAAAAAUCACAAAUUGAAAGAAACGAGAAGUAAAAUCAAAAACGAACAAACGAAUGUAGCGGCUUUCUAUUUUCUAUAGGUAUCAUGCGCUAGAACGAAACUGCCGGCUGUGUUUCAUUUCUAUUUUUUUUUUUUUUUUAUAAAAGUGCAUUAUUAGAUUGCAAAAUUAGUAAUUCGAUUCACUUAGCAAGCACUAGUGCAUUUUUGAUACUUUAGGAAACUACAUUUUUUCAGAGUGCGGUGAAAAUAAAGGCGAAUCGGAAAUCUUUGGCACUGUUUUCGUUGGUAGUUUUACUUUUUUAUUUUUCAAAAAGUUAAAGAAAUAAUUUGAAUCUAAGUUCACAAGGUUUAUAUUUUAUAAUAUUGACGUUUAAUUCAAAAAAAUAUUUUUCACA